AUGCCGCCCCACGCCGUCCCGCACCCCGGCGCACCGCCCCCGCGCCACUCGUCCGCGCCACCCCGUGCCGCACCAACCGCGCUCUGCGCCACCCCACCCCGCGCCUCCCCGCCCCGCGCCUCCCCGCCGCGCCUCCCCGCCCGCGCCUCACCGCUCCCGCGCCAUUCUGGGCCCUGCACCACCCCGCCUCGCAACGCCCGCAGUCCCUUCCGGCACCUCCCCGCCCCACCCCGUUCUCCUCUGCUCGCCACGACACACAGCUUCUCUGCCCUUUACCACCCUACACUGCCCUCCCGCCCCACUCUGUCCUGCCUCGCCACAGUGAAUAUCUAAUAUAGAAGAAACCAAAUUUCAUGAAACAGUAUGCGGUGGAAAAAACCGUAAGUGGUGUAUUACAAACGAUUACGUUCCAAGCGGUGUCCCCAAGACUAUUGUUUAAGUGACUGUACACCUGGAAGAAUCUUCACAGGGAAUUACUUUUGAAUUAAAACUUCCCUGAAGACGUUUUUAGUUCUGUGAACCCUUUUUAUUUUUACGACGUGAGCGAUGAAAGUGUGCGACUCCUUGCAGCACGGAGUAAACACUGCUACGCGAAAGCGCGUUCUUUUCUGAGAACACGCCAGGAAGCAAUUAAAGAUUCUUUCCUGCGCCCGCGCCUGUUUUAACACGGAAAGGAAGGGCGGAAUUUUGCGUGGCGCGUAGGGAACCUUCUUCAAGAAACACGCGCAGAAGCAUCUCGAGAAUUCUGCUGGAGACAUUCUGAGAACGGGAGACUUCUUCGGAGGAGCACGUCACCGGCUGUCGUGGAGUUCAUGCACGAUGUUUCAAAGUGAGCCUCGGCUGGCGAGCGAUGUGAAAGCAAUGGAUAGUUUAUUCUUGGACUGUUUCUAUGACGAGCGUCGGUUUCACGGAUUAAAAGAAAUUGUUGGUGCUUAACCAAAUCGGAAUAUUUGCUUAAUUCUAACUUCGAUCGUAAAAACUCGCUGCUUAAUAGCCCACGUAAGAAUUGGGUGUAUCUUGAAAAUCCAGAGGUGCCUGUGGUAAAUACUAAGUUAAACAUUAUUGAAGAGUUAUAACUGAAACAAUAUAAUCCCAACGAACUAAGUAUGUUAACUUGAGUGUAAACUCUCAGGCAUCGUGAAAAGUGCUGAAUGUCGCUUUUUUGUGUCGAAAAGCCACACAACAGCAUUUGAAUCGUGAGAAAAGAAUCUUACAAGUGAAGUGGAAUAUCGUGCGUGCGUUUGCUAUGCACAACCCCAUUGAUCAGCGGAUGGUGCCAAGAUCUCUCAAUUGAACUCGAUUCAAUUGAAUCAGAUCGCGUGAAUCCGCACUGUCAAGCAACCGGCGAAGUUUCGUAAGAAGCGAGCGACGAAGCUGCGAAAACACCAUCAGUCAGACGUGAAGAUGAGUCAAUUGAACUCAACGUAAUGACCGUGUAACCGCCAGUGGAAGAUAACUCAGGAGUUUCGAAGUGAACGACCGCGCUAAUAAUAAUUGAAUUGUGUACACCGCCAGUACCACACCUGUUAGAAGUUCCGGUCGAAGUGAGUGACAGAGCUUCGAUGUUGAUCUUCGAAUAUCCGACGACGCAAGCAUCUUUUAAUUGAGCUCAUACUAACAACCUUGCAACCGACAGUUGAAGCCGGCGCGACAAAAUUACGAAGUGAACGCCCGACAAUCGACAACGCCGUCAAUCAGCGAAAGACGCGAAAAUCUCUCAAUUGAACUUAAAUCUCUUGAGAUAGAUCAGGUGAAACCGCUAAUAAAAUCUCAGGAAGACUUUGCAAUUGAAGCGAGCGACCGAAUCGCGUUAAUCCGCCAGUGGAAUCGCCGGAAGACUUUGCAAUUGAAACGAAAGGCUGAAUCGUGUAAAACCGCCCGCAGAAUCAGCAGGCAACGAACGACCGAACUGCUACGAUGCCAUCGAAGA